GAAGAAGACAGGUCCCCGGCGUGUCCACAUGUUCGUGUUUUCUGAGGUAUUUACCUGUUUUAAAUAGCUUUUUAAGCUGUAAUUUACACCCGUAGGUGGUUUUAAAUCGCCUGUAGUUCAUUACAAGGCUUGUUAUCUAAUCCGCAUUUGAAAGGAGUGUAGUUUAAUGUGCAGAAAUGAAGGGUAAAUGGAAGCAAAACACCAACAAGAAGAAGGGGAAUGAAGUGUUGGAGAAGUGUCUGGUGGCAGUGGAUGAGUUUAUUAAAAAAAAUGCAGGGGAAGACGAUGGAGAGAAUGACCAUGGCUUGAGAUUUGUGAAAAAGAAAAGCAGGAAAGAUCUGCGUAAAGAGACGCGAAAGUUUAAAAAAGCCAAAAUGAAAAACUACUACGAGGGGAACAAGACCCUCAUCGAACCCCCCAAUGAAGAGCUAGAGAAACACACCAAGAAGAAGAGGCUGAAGAAGAAGAAGAAACCUAAAGUAAACGAAGAAGAAGUGUCAACAAGUGAAGCUACAGAGCAACCAAACAAAUCUAAGAAACCUUCAAAGAAAGUCAACAAGCUUCAGGAGUCCAGAAAAAUAGCUCUUUUGGAGGCGAACGAACAGGAAGACAGAGAGAUCAAGAAACUGGAGAAAUGCCUGGGGUUAAACAAGAGGAAGAACAAGAAGAGUCUUCCUCAGUCCUUCGUCACCGAUGGUCUGGACUACAUCCUGGGAAUAUUGGACUCUGGAUCCAACGCUGAAGGGAUGUACGACGAAGACGAGGACAUGGAAAUGGCGAAGAAUAAUUUUGAAAAGCUUGAAGAAAGUGACUCUGAAGAGGAAGGAAAAGAUGGAGAUGAGGAGGAAGAAGAUGUGGAUGAGGAGGAAGAAGAUGGAGAUGAGGAGACAGAAGAGAGUGAUGAAGAUAUGGGCUCAAUAGAGGAUGAGAGUGAGGAGGAUGAAGUGGUUGAGGAAGAGGAGGAAAUGGAGGAAGAAGCAGCUGACGAUGAAGAUAAAGCAGAGGAAGAUGAAGCAGUCACUCCUGAAGCAAAGACUCCUGAAAUCGUGACUUCAGGUAAAUACGUCCCGCCUCACCUGAGGAACGCUGGAGACGAUAAACGCCGAGCAGAGCUGGAGAAAAUGAAGAGGAACGUGAAAGGACUCGUGAACAGGUACCUGGUUCUACUGUGGUAA